AUGGCGCAAGAAUACAAACUCAGGGAUAUCUCGUCCCUCGCCGGCAUCAAGGAGAUGGACAAGGUGGAGUCCGAAGUGGAAGGCAUACAGGAUGGCAAGGUUCUUGUGGUGAACUAUGAUGGCCAGUUUCAUGCCAUGAGUCCUAGAUGUACCCACUACGGGGCUCCGUUGAGGCUCGGUGUUGUUGCGCCUGAGGGCCGGAUCACUUGUCCGUGGCAUGGGGCCUGCUUUAAUAUCGGAACCGGGGAUGUCGAAGAUGCACCGGCCCCCAAAGCUUUGCAUAAGUUUGAAGUUUUUGAGAAGAGUGGGGCGGUCUACAUCAAGGGUGAGGAGUCGGCUAUUAAAUCCGGUCAGAGAGAUCCGGUAUCCCGGUGCAGUGCUUCCACUUCGGAGAAGCUGGUCAUUGUAGGAGGUGGAAGCGGCUCCUUUGGGGUCAUCGAGGCCAUUCGUGAGUUGAAAUACAAAGGCGCCAUCACUCUCAUCUCCCGGGAACCCAAUCUACCUAUUGACCGAACCAAGCUAUCCAAGGCCCUUAUCUCGGAUCCCUCGAAGAUUGAGUGGCGCCCUCGUGAGUGGUACGAGGGUGUUUCUGUCGAAACCGUCACUGAUGAAGUGAUCUCGGUGGACUUCAACAAGAGGACUGUGGUCACUAAGUCUGGCAAAAUAUAUCCGUACACCAAGCUGGUUCUUGCUACUGGAGGCGUGCCACGCACUCUCCCAGUGGAAGGCUUCAAUGAGCUGGGCAACAUCUUCCUGCUGCGCUUUGUCACCGAUGUCCAGGCCAUCCUCAAGGCCGUAGGCGAGAAGAACAAGAAAAUCGUCAUUAUCGGCAGCUCAUUCAUCGGUAUGGAGGUGGGUAACGCCCUCGCCAAGGAGAACGACGUAACCAUUGUCGGCCAGGAAAACGCCCCCAUGGAACGUGUCUUGGGCGAAGAGGUCGGCCGGAUCAUCCAGGGCAAUCUAGAGAAGACGGGGGUCAAGUUCAAGCUGCAGGCCGGCGUCGCGAAAGCCACACCUUCCAGCUCGGAUUCCAGCAACGUCGGCGCCGUCCACCUCAACGAUGGCACGGUUCUCGAAGCCGAUCUGGUCAUUCUAGGAGUUGGCGUACGACCAGCAACCGAUUUCCUCAAGAACAACCAGGCUGUCACACUAGAGAAGGAUGGUUCAAUCAAGACAGAUGAACACUUCGUUGUCCCUAGUCUAGAAAACAAUGUCUUCGCCAUCGGCGACAUUGCCACGUACCCUUAUCAUGGCCCCGGCUCCGACCCAAAAGGCACCCAUACACGCAUCGAGCACUGGAACGUUGCGCAAAAUGCUGGCCGCGGCGUCGCUCGCGCUAUUGUUCAUAGCCUCACCUCCCCAACCUCGUCAUUACAGACCCUGAAGCCCAAGGCCUUCAUACCCAUCUUCUGGUCUGCCGUGGGUGCCCAAUUGCGGUACUGUGGUAAUACGCCCAACGGCUGGGACAGUCUCGUCUUGAAGGGGGAACCCGAAAAUGCCAAGUUCGCCGCGUACUACUGUAAAGGUGAUACAGUGGUCGCUGUUGCGACAAUGGGCAUGGAUCCCGUUAUGGUUAAGUGUGCCGAGUUAAUGCGACGGAAGAAUAUGCCGUCCAAGUCGCAGAUUGAGGGUGGUGUGGAUGUCUUGAAGGUUGGAUUGCCGAGGGCGUGA